AUGGAUGAGGCACCAAUGGUUCAUAAGCAUGCAUUUGAAGCAUUAGAUAGAAGUAUGAACGAUAUUUUCAAUACUCAACGCAAUGGUGACUCACAUAUGCUUUUUGGGGGUAAGGUAAUUGUUUUUGGAGGAGAUUUCAGACAGAUUAUGUCGGUUAUUCCUAAUGCAGGUAGACAAGACAUCAUAAAUGCAUCAUUAAGUUCAUCUUACAUUUGGGAAAAAUGCAAAGUCCUAAGGUUAACUAGGAACAUGAGGCUAACUGCAAACAGUGGGAGUUCAGAAAUUGAACAAACAAGGGAUUUUGCAAAAUGGAUUUUAGACUUAGGAGAAGGAAAAGUUGUAGGUGAUAAUGAUGGUGAAGCAGUUAUUGAGAUACCUCAUGAUAUUCUCAUUACUGAUCGCGUCGAUCUUAUAUAUGUAUUAAUCGAAUUUGUCUAUCCCUCAAUUCUUGAAAACAUCAACAACUCAGCUUAUUUUCAAGAACGAGCAAUACUUGCACCAAAAAAUGAAGUCAUUCAAGAAAUAAAUGAUUGUUUGAUGUCAUUGUUUCCAGAAGAUGAAAAGGAGUACUUAAGUUCAGAUAUGCUAUGUGAAUCAGAGCACCUUCAUGAUGAGUUUGAUAAAACUUUGUACUCGCCUGAUGUUUUAAAUGGUCUUAAAUUAUCAGGAAUAUCAAUCCAUAAUAUUUUACUAAAAGUUGGUGUUCCUAUCAUGUUACUCAGGAAUAUUGAUCAAAAAUCUGGAUUAUGUAAUGGUACUAGACUGCGGGUGUUAACAUUGGGAAAUCGAGUAAUAGAAGCACAUGUUAUAUCUGGAAGCAAUAUUGGAAGUCGUACAUUCUUUCCAAGAAUGUCCUUAACACCUACAGACAAAAGGAUACCAUUCAAAUUUCAAAGGAGACAGUUUCCAAUUGAUGUAUGUUUUGCUAUGACCAUUAAUAAGAGCCAAGGACAAUCAUUAUCAAAAGUUGGUUUAUUUCUAAGACAACCAGUCUUCACGCAUGGUCAGCUAUAUGUUGCUUUAUCCAGAAUCAAAAGCAAGCAAGGUUUGAAAGUACUAAUUAUGGAUGAUGAUGAUGAUAUUAUUGACAGUAAAAUAAUGAAUGUUGUAUACAAAGAAGUGUUUAGUAAUAUAUGA